CCGAGUCUCCCGCCGCCUGUUCAAGUGAGCGCGUGCUAGGAGGUCCAUCGAAUCUCUCGCUUAACUCUGUUGUGGUCUUCGUGGAAGGGAGGAAGUCAUUAAUACAUACAGACAUACCUUGUUUGUUUGUGGUGGAUGUUUUUUCUUAACAGGCCCCCCGAAACUGGCAAUAGGCGUCGAACUAUGGGUUUAUAAGCCAUGAAGGAAUGGCACCAUAUUCCGGUAUGUCUAGAAUGAGAAACCCCAAACCUUCUCCCAACAUGUACUACCCUCAAAACGAGGGUCAACCACUGAUGCCUCCGAUGCCGCAAAUGAGGAUGAACCAGCCCAGCUACCUGGACGACAGACAAAUGGGCAGUCCUUGUGGCUACCCCAGGAUGCCGAUGGGUGGCACUCCUCCCGAGUUCAAAUCGCCCCCGAUGAUGCCGACCAUGACUGAGCCCGCUGGUCCCGCGCCCAAGAAGAAGCGGAGGAACGCUGCGUCGGCGGCGGCACAGGCCGCCCCGCAGCCGGCGCCUCCUGUGAUGGACAUCAUGCCGCCACCGCUGACCGGCUACGGCGACACCAUCGUGGCCUCAAACCCAUUUGACGAUUCGCCCUCGCACCCCCCACCCAUGAUGAUGCCCCAUAUGCGCCACAUGCAGCCCACGGCGCCCCCGGCUAUGUCGUCGCCCCUCAUGCCGGGUCCCAUGAGCCCCAUGAUGCGCAGCCCGCUUCAGGACAACAUGAUGGGUGGCCCGCCCAACAUGCCCAUCAUGAUGAGUCCGAUGGGGCCCCAGACCAUGCCCAACAUGCAGCCGCAGCAACAGCAGCCGCCCCAACAACAGCAGCAGCAGCAGCAGCCCCCGCCGCCUCCGUUCUCGCAAAUGGCGCCUAAACCAAUGCCUGUCACAACUGGAAAGGUUUAUCCACCGGAUCAGCCAAUGGUGUUCAACCCUCAAAACCCUAACGCGCCCCCAAUCUAUCCCUGUGGUGUCUGCCACAAAGAGGUGCAUGACAAUGAUCAGGCCAUACUUUGCGAGUCAGGAUGCAACUUUUGGUUCCAUAGAAUAUGCACUGGCUUGACAGAGGCGGCAUUUCAAAUGUUAACAGCGGAAGUUUACGCCGAAUGGGUGUGUGACAAAUGCGUGAACAGCAAGAAUAUCCCCUUGGUCAAGUGCAAACCUUAAGAUUAAUAGUUUUAACCAAUUGACUGUUAACCCGCUCUUUACAUUGGGUGGAAUCACAAAAGUGCAAACGAAGAAAAGCAAUUUUUAUUACUGCCUUUUUAUAUUCUGUAAAAUGUUACAAUAAACAACUAUUUUGAAAAUAUAAA